AGGUAGGAAUUAAUUAUAAGGAGCUGGCUAGCUAGCUAAGCUUCAUACUCACAAGAAGAUAAACCAGCCUUGCUUUACUUUCUCCACCUGAUUAUGGCAACAGUAGAAGAAGAGAAAGGCCAUGCGCAUACACAAGAGAUUUACACACAAGAUGGGACUGUGGAUCUCAAGGGUAGACCUGUUUUAAGAUCAAAAACUGGCGGAUGGAAAGCUUGUUCCUUCAUUGUUGGAUAUGAAGUAUUUGAGAGGAUGGCAUUUCAUGGAAUCCAAUCAAAUCUAGUUGUUUACUUGACAAGGAAGCUCCAUGAAGGGACUGUGAAAUCUGCAAACAACGUCACCAACUGGGUUGGUACAGUAUGGAUGACUCCCAUAUUAGGUGCCUAUAUUGCAGAUGCUUAUUUAGGCAGAUAUUGGACUUUUGUCUCUGCUUCAGCAAUUUACCUCUUGGGAAUGUCCCUGUUGACUUUAGCAGUUUCAGUGCCAGCUUUAAGGCCACCACCAUGCAAUCAUGGGGUCAAUGAAGAAGAUUGUCCGGAAGCCUCUACUCUUCAAGUGGGUAUAUUCUAUUGUGCAUUAUACAUAAUAGCACUCGGAACUGGUGGAACCAAGCCUAAUAUCUCCACUAUGGGUGCUGACCAAUUCGAUGAUUUCGAGCCUAAGGAGAGGACUCAAAAGCUCUCCUUCUUCAACUGGUGGAUGUUUGGCAUAUUUAUUGGUUCACUUUUUUCCAACACAUUCUUGGUUUACAUACAAGAUACUGUUGGCUUUUCACUUGGCUAUGGACUUCCAACAGCAGGGCUUACACUUUCAGUGAUAGUGUUUUUAGUGGGCACCAGAUUUUAUAGGCACAAAGUGCCUUCUGGAAGUCCAAUCACUGGCAUUGCUCAGGUACUUUUGGCAGCUGCUAGGAAGUGGAAAGUGCCCUUUCCAAAUGACCCAAAAGAACUUCAUGAGUUGAGCUUGGAACACUAUGCCAACAAGGGGAAGUUUAGAAUUGAUUCCACCUCUUCAUUAAGAUUCCUUGACAAAGCUGCAGUAAAGAGUGGACCAAACACUCCUUGGACUCUAUGUCCAGUGACCCAAGUGGAAGAAACCAAGCAAAUGAUCAAAAUGAUUCCCAUUUUGAUUGCAACAUUUAUACCAAGUGCGGUGUUAGCCCAGGUGACAACCAUGUUUGUCAAACAAGGCACCACACUAGACAGAAGCAUGGGUCCCAAUUUUGAGAUCCCUCCAGCAUGCCUCACAGCUUUUGUAACUAUCUUCAUGCUCAUAGGACUUGUAGUCUAUGACCAAUACUUCGUCCCAACAGUUCGACGCUACACCCAAAACCCAAGAGGAAUCACAUUGCUGCAGAGAAUGGGAGUUGGCUUUGUGUUGCAUGUUAUUAUCAUGGUCAUAGCUUGCUUGGUUGAGAGAAAGAGGAUAAGUACUGCAAAAGCAAAUGGGAUUUUCCGUAAACAUGAAACUGUUCCUCUUACCAUAUUCAUUCUUCUUCCACAAUUUGCUUUGAUGGGCAUAGCUGAUACAUUUCUAGAAGUGGCAAAGUUGGAGUUUUUCUAUGACCAAGCACCAGAAGCCAUGAAGAGUCUUGGAUCCUCCUAUUACAGUAGCAGCAAAGGGAUAGGGAAUUUCCUUAGUAGUUUUCUUUUAAGUACAGUUUCUAAAGUCACCAAGAGGCAUGGCCAUAAAGGGUGGAUUUUGGAUAAUCUGAAUCUCUCUCGUAUAGAUUACUACUAUGCCUUCUUGGCUGUUUUAGCAUCUCUUAAUUUUCUAUUCUAUUUGCUUGUCUCAAAGCUCUUUGUCUAUAAUGUUGAAGUCGGAAAAGCCAAGAUGGAUUUAGCCAUGGAAACUUUGCCACACAAGACUUCAUCUCAAGACAAUGAAAACUCAAAAACUGGAUUAAUUAGGGUAUGAAGCAUUUAGGAGGAUGUGACUUGACUGGAUUUCAUCAAAAUCUAGUUUCUGUACAUGACAAGGAAGUCCAACGAAGUCACUGUGAAACCUUCAAACAACAUCACCACACAUAUAGGUUAGUACCAUAUCUGGGGUUGUCUCCCAUCAAGGAAUGCAUGUUCCAAGCUCACUAAUGAACAAUGUUAUAUUUACAAAUGCCAAAUUCUAGCAAAAUUAAACACCAUUAAUUCCCUAUGCAUCAUUAUUUCGUCUUUUUUUAUUUACCAAACACAUAUUUGGGUCGGUGUGAGAAUCACUGUUUCAUUUAAUUCAAUAUGGUUUCAUUGUAAAUUCAACUAUUCCAAGUGGGUCAGUAUUUUCUGCUCUGCAUUACACUCAGUGGAACUAGGCCCUCCAAUCAUUUUGGGGUAGGCCUCGAUUUGACAAGUUUGUUUUGGAAUCCGGGAUUACAAUAUAUUAUAAAUAAAAAGAAGAGGAUAUAUUUUUGAAUUCACCAUUUCAUAGGUGUGGAUGUGAAGGUUAACCUCACUCCUCCCAAGUGAACAACUUUAACAGGCUAAAAAAGAGGUGACAAACACAAUAUUCUUCGUUUAUAACUUCUACUUAGAAAAGACAAUAGGCUUUUUACUCUUGCCUAUGUUCUUCUAACCACAGGGUAUAUAUAUGAUUUCAUAGAUGGUGUUCAUUUCAUAAGAGGAACCCAAGCAUAUAGGAACAAAAGUGACUUAUGU